GGCUAAAUAUUGUACAAAUGUUAUUAUCUAUUUUAUGGGUCGAUAUGGUUUGUUUGUUUGGUAUAUAAACUCAGUAUGUUUGAAAUACAAUGAUUCAUACCACUGAGGCUGUUAUCGGUGUUUUAAACUUAACUGGUUGGGCUAGGCAGAUCGCAGGACCGGUUAGCACUGUAGACUGCCCGUACGGUUUCGUGUGUCACUGUUCCAGUCUAUAAUUCGCUGCUCUCUAAUUGGCGGUCUCAUCACCUCACACAUCAACCAGACAUCCACUCGUCCACAAGCAUAUCACUUGCUUAAUGCUGUUUUUUAAAGGCUACAUUGUACUCUCAAAAUGUAAAACAGAACGACUUUUUGCGGAGUAUAUCUACUCUUUGUUUGACAGACAGACAUCUCAUCUACAAAAGGAAUUAUGCAAGUUGCCGAGAGUCAACUGAGCUUUUGGAUCUUUAUCGAAGUUUCAUUAGCUCCAUUGAAUAUUUUCAAGUGAACAGAAAUUAUUCUACAUAAUAAUAAUAUUCACAUUCAUAGCGUCUUUAACAUUGAACCAUCGAAUUGUGAUCGAUUCAAACAUUGAAUCUAUUUUUCCUCCUGCAGUUCAUCCUAACGGACAUUGGAAAAUUUAUACUAGUAGUAGUAGUAGGAGUUGUAAUAGUAUCAGCUGUAAACCACAAAAAAAAUGACAGUUGAUUUUUUAUCAUGUGGAACGUGUUUUGUUACUUUUCGCCUCUCUGAUAUUAAUAUGUUUAUUGAGCAUAAAAAGGCAAGUUGUUGUUUCUUAAGAUCACCGUUUACUUCUUCAAAUUCAGAAAAUAAUAAAUAUUCUUCAUUGUUAUCAUCAUCAACAUCACCAUCAUUAGAGACACCAUCAACAUCGUCGUUUUCAUCUUCACCUUCUCCAUUAAUGACAUUAUCAUGUUCAAAUGUUAUGGACAAUAUUAGUAAUAAUAUUGGUAAUAAUAAUAAUACUUUAUUACAAUCACAAAAUAGUAAUACUAUCUUUUUAAAAUGUGUUCAAUGCUCUCGUGAAUUCACAACCCCAUGGACAUUUUUAAUGCAUGUUCAAGUUGAACACCAAUUAAUAUUUAUUAAUACAAUUGAAAAAUUUUCGAAAACACAUGAACAACAAUUAAAGAAUACAUUAUCAUCAAAUGUUGAAGAAUUAUUGAAUGAAACUAAUGUUAAUAACAAUGAUUUUAGUGUUGAUUUCGAUGAUGAUGAGCAGGAGGAGGAAGAGGAUGAUGAUGAUCAAUGUGAAAAUGGUGUAUUGCAUACAAUUGAUAAAUUACUUUCAGAAAAAGUGAACAAUUCCGAUUCUGAUACAACAAUUACUAUUACAAAUAAUGAUAAUAAAUAUAUUAGUCCUAUUAAUAAUAACAAUAAUAAUACAAAUAGUACUACUGAUACACCUACUAUUACAAAUAACAUUGCUCAUACCGAUAGUAGUAGUAAUACUACUACUACUACUAGUAUUAGAAUUAAUAGUAACAGUCAUAAUGCCUCAACACAAACUUAUCUAACUGGAAUUAAACAGCAUAGUAUACCUCAUAGAAAACGUAAAUAUGUUAGUUGUUGCAUAGGUGAAUCAACAGUGACUUGCAAUAAACUUAACAACAAAGCGACUUGUUCAAAUGUGAAAAAUUGUAAUCUUACACUUUCAUCGUGUUGUAAUAAUCUAUCGACUGGAAUAUGUCCAUAUAAUCUUAAUAGCAACAAUAAUAGUAGUAAUAAUAACAAUAAUGAUAAUCAUGGUAAUGGCAGUUCUAUGAAUUCUGAUAUGUAUGUUAGUGAUUAUUGUUGUACUACAGGAUCAAUUAUUUGUAAACCGAAAACAUGUUCGAAUUUAUUAAAUACUAAUGAAAUAAUUACACAAGAUGCAUCAAGAUGUACUGCAUCUACGGCAAUUGUUAGUUGUUGUAUGCGUAAACUUGUCUGUUGUACAUCAACACCGGUAACAUUACCAAUAUGUUGUGAUCGAUCAAUGCAAAAUGAAACUAAUAAUAAUAAUCAUAAUUUUAUUAUUCAAGAAACAAAAACUACGAACACCGCUCGAAUUACAUGUUGUCCAUGUUCACCGAAAAGAUCAAUAAUUAGUCAAUCAUCUGAAGUACAAACUGAUUUUGAUCCAGAAUUUAGUUAUUCUGAUUAUGCUGAUUUAGCAAUGUUAUUGAAUGCAGCUACACCGACAACAAUUACAAGUCCAUUAAAUUCAAUAUUAUCACCACAAUUACCAUUAUUAUCAGAUAUGAUUAUACAACGAUCAUCAUCAUCAUCACCUCCAACAUCACCACCACAACAACAAAAAAAUAAUGAUAAUGAUGAAUAUUGUCAAAAUACUGAAUUACAUAAUAGUAAUUCUAAAAUACAUGAUAAUUAUUUAUCAUCACAAAUUAAUUAUAUCAAUAAUAAUAAUAAUAAUAAUACAAAUACUAAUAUUCAUAAUGAUCAACCAAUCAUAUUGAAUAGUUUCUCAUUGUCAUCUUCAACAAUAACGAAAGCAAAUGUUGAUGUAGAUGUAACAAUGAAAUCAAUGCCUGUUUCGUCUGGAAGUAUCGUAAUUACAUCGAACGUUAAUAAUAAUGAUAAAGUGAUCACAUCCACUGCUAAUGUUAUCCUUCAAAUGCCAACAAUAAUGCAUACAAAUUUGAUUGCUUGUCCUAAUAAUAAUAGUAAUAAUAAUAAUGUCAAUAAGUAUUACUGUGAUUCAAUUCCACCACGACGUUAUAUCUGUCGUGAUUGUGGUACAUCAUUUCGUCAAAAUGUACAUUUACGUAAACAUAUUAUGAUACAACAUACUAAAAUGAAACCAUUCAGUUGUCCUUAUUGUGAAUAUACAACUGUUGAAAAAAGUCAUCUUACUGUACAUAUACGUACUCAUACAGGUGAAAGACCAUUUAGUUGUCGUGAAUGUAAUUAUUCCUCAGCUCAAAAUUGUACAUUAAAAUCACAUUAUUUACGUAAACAUCCAACUAAUUUAAUUAAAUGUAAUUUUUGUUCUGAAUUAUUUUUUACUGAAUUAGAAUUAACUAAACAUCUCCGUGGAUGUAGUUUAUCUUUUCUUCAACAGUAACAAAUUAUUAUUAUUUGCAUUAUGUCAACAUCAACAAGAGUCGAACUGAAAACAUCAUCAGAUCCCACCAAUAGAAUAAUAAUUUAAAACCUACAUUGAAAUUCUCAUCAUGAUUUGAAGAACUAAAAAGAAAAGUACUGGUUCGAACUUCAGUGAGAACAACAGCACUGGUCUGUAAAUAUAUUUGCCCAGAACACAACGUGUGUCUUCGAUUUCAU